ACGUCUACCUACUUAUGUCUAUGCCUAUGACAGUUCCCACACUGCUAACGUGGCUAAGCUAGAGACUAAACUCAUGAGCUAACCAUGUUGCUCGAAUACUGCGUCCAAAGAUAAAUGUACGGACUCAUUCGUGGACUUUCACACCGUGGGACAUUCCUCACUGCGCGAGGAUGUUUUCGUCCGUUUGGAAUUUUCUCAAGCGUCACAAGAGGAAAUUUAUUGUCACCGGAGCUGUAGUUGGAGGUGUGUACUUCUUGGGUAAAUAUGCCCGCUCCAAAAUCAGGGAGCUCCAAGAGAAGGAGGCCACUGAGUACAUUGCUCAGGCUAGACGUCAGUUCCUCUUUGAGAGCAACCAGAGGACGUGCAACAUGACCGUUGUGUCUAUGUUGCCUCCAUUGAGAGAAGCCAUCGUCAACCAGCUCAACUCAGAAAGCCUCACCGCCGUCCUGAAGACCAGGCCGGCCAACAAAGUGGAGAUCUGGGAGGAUUUGAAGAUCAUUAGUUUCACACGCAGUCUUGUAGCCGUGUACAGCACGUGUAUGCUGGUGGUGCUUCUGAGGAUCCAGCUCAACAUCAUUGGAGGGUACCUGUACCUGGACAACUCUGUGGGCAAGCCACCCACGGCUCCUCAGGCACCACCAGAGGUCCAACAGCAGUACUUGUCCAGCAUCCAACAUCUCCUCGGUGAUGGGUUGACACAGUUGAUCACCGUAGUAAAGAAGUCAGUGCAGAACUCUCUGGAAGGUGUGUGUCUGAAGCAGAGUUUGAGUCUGUUGGAGUUGGAGCAGCACGUGAGUUGGAUCCGAGCCGAGGUUGAGAACUGUACCCAGCGCCCACUCGCCUCAUACAUGCUGGCCGAUGAUGACAACGCCCUCGCCGAUCAGGCAUGCGGACUGACAGAGAAUGACGUCUUGACCAUCCGCCUGCUCAACGAGACCAGGGACAUGAUGGACAAUCCAGACUUCAGCAUUGUGUUGAGUACGUGCCUGCAGCGAGGAUUCUCUCGUCUCCUCGACAACCUGGCGCAGUUCUUCCACCCGCCACCCACUGACUCUUCCCACACCUCCGCCCCUGACAGUCUGCCAUGCACCAGUCUUCCGCUGGCAAAGAUCAUCCCCAUCAUCAACGGUCAGAUCAACACCAUCUGCAGUGAGUCACAAGGUCACUUUGUUCAGGACCUUCUGAUGAACGAAAACCUGAAGGAGUUUGCUGCCAACGUGUACGACAGCUUCAGCACGUCACAGGAAGUACAAGAGUAGGAGGACCUCACCAAUAAUGAACUUUUUUUUUUAAUGACUCAUGUCACCUAAACUGGAUUAUUGGAAGCACUGUUGCAUCACGGGAAAUGGAAUCUUAAUGGGAGACUCUGCCAUGUUUUGGUGCCCCUGCAGAGGCAGCAGGUAAGUGGGACGCACAGGCCACAUUUUGUCGUCUUUUUCAUUAAGUUCACCUGCUGCUUCAUUUGAGAACAUUUUUCUUGGCGUGAACUGUUGCUCUGGGCAACUUUUAACUAUGGUAAUUGUCGACUUCCUGCUGGGGAGUUUUUGCGAGACUCGGUGUGAGAAGAAGAAACUACUUUGAUUAAAGGUGAAUCAUUAAUAUUAUUUUUAAGUGUUCCCAGGUCUCUUACUCUUAUAAAAAAAACAAAUUCUGACAAUUUGGGUUAUAUUUGUCUGAUAUUUACAUUUGUUUGAUGAUCUUAAACAUUCAUGCGGGGAAGGUUUGCAAAAAUGCAAGUAUUUGACAAGAGCGGCAAAUGGCGUAUUUUCGCAACUACCGUAAUUUCCGGCCUACAGAGCGCGCCUGCUUAUAAGACUCACUCGGUACAUUUGUAAAGAAAACACAAUUUGGUACAUACAUAAGCCGCAAGUGCUAGCUUUGAAACCCGCAUUAAAAUAUGAGAUAUUUACAAAGAAAGACGGUACACAGAGUUUUCAAAGUUUUAGUAGCUCAUCUUAACAUAGCAACAACACAGUAGCACGAACAGGGCUGUUUAAAAAAAAAUAAAAAAAACAUACUGGUACAAAAAAAAACAGCCAUGGCAGCUACACAGUAGCAACACGGUAGCACAGCACUAACAGGGCCGGUUUAAAAAAAAAAAAAAAAAAAAAAAACAUACCUAAAUCACAGAGACACUGCAGCAACACACUAGCGUGGUGGUAAUACUAGCUAAUACUUUCAUAUAUAUACCGGUAAAAUCCACUGAGACACAGCAGCAAGAUGCUAGUGCGGCGCAAACAGGGCGUGUUAAAAAAACAUACCGGUAAAAAUCACUGAGACACGGCAAGACGCUAGCACAGCGCUAA